UCCAUCCAUGUUGAGAUUAUAAUUACACCAGAAUUAUCAUGUUAGUAGUGCCAUACUAUUGUAUUAUUACUUAUAGAAUCAAUCAUAAAUCCCAUGUUAUUGCAGAAUUUACAACUCUCUACAGUAAUUUCUCUGAACUGAUCUGGGGGAAAUGAAUGGUUGAGAAUCAGGACACCCUUUCUCCAGAAUGCAUGGCCAACUCACACAAGUUGCAAGAGACGGAACAUUUAACGAAGGAACUAUCAGUUCUGUCCGGUGAACGUUUCCUCUGACGGACCAGAAAAUUAUAUAUUUGUAAACAGAAUCAGUGAAGCCUCACAUUGUGCCCUUUGGAUGGCAUCAUCAUCAUCCAAUGUGGAGGAGGAGCAUUCUUCUUUGUUACACACAUCCUCAUGUGGAUUCAUGUGAGAGCUGACUCACACACAGAAAGAGAGAGCCAUCAGCCUGUGUAAGAAAAGCAGUGCCACCCCAAAACUGUGUCAUAAGAAUUUUUGGCAAAGGCCAGAGCUAUCAUAAACUCAAUAAGAGUGUCCGCCUCGAGCUAGUUGAUUAACAGAGCUGUGUUAACGAGGAAUUGUUUUCCUGGAAGAAGCCUCCUACCCUCGAGGAACACGGCUUCCCUCUGGGGCUCAGACUGCAGAUGCUUCAGCUGCGAGGUCCAGAGCCGCUUGGAUCGUCCCCUGCCCAGAGAACCACCCAGCCCCAUAGAGAACCACCACCCCGCCUGCCCUAACAGCCACCACACGGGGCCAAGCCGAGGAGCACCAUGGAGGAGGUAGAGGACAUUAGCCCUGCCCUGGAGGCCACCGAGGACUUCCUACACUGCCUGGACGGAGGUGGAGGCCAGGGAGGGGAGGGGGUCCGGCAGCCCAGGCAGCACCACCCCAAGCUGCAGGAGAUGUCUGUAGCCCUGGGGAAGCUGAGCUCUAGCGGGGUGUGGGGCCUGCUGGCUGGGGAGCAGGGGACCGAGGUAUCCCCGCGUAACGUGGCCUGGGCUGACCAGUCCUCGGCCUUCAGCGUGCUGGCUCUGAGGCAGUGGAAAAGGAGCCGUGCUCGUUCCACUAAUGACCUGGCCGCCCACACCAAGGACACCAACAACACCUCCUCUAACGCCGCCUUUAACAAAGGCCACAAUCGCUCGCGGUCUGAUGUUAAUUACCGGCCGUCCUACAUGGACAAUGCUAACGGCCUGCCUGCUGUGGACAAGAAUACGCUGAAGAACAUGGCUCUCAACGACCAUAGAGAAGAAGGCCGUAAGGACAGCAGCGGUAGUGUGGUGAAACAGGAUACCCUGGAGCAUCGUGAGGGUCAGAAGGGUCGUUGGAGCGUCUGUCGCGUAGAGCUUACCCCAUGUGAGCUGCGCGUCUACAGCCUGGACAGCAGCGGUAACCGCCAGCUCUGCACCGCCUACUCCUUGUCCCACUGCCAGGGGGUCAGCCAGUCCCAGCCGCCCCAGGACGGGCGAGUCCUCCAGGCCCUCUUCUUCAACAGCUCCACCCGCCUGCAGUUACGUGCCGCCUGCCAGUGGGAGGUGCUAGACUGGAGGAGGCUGAUCUGGGAGAGAGUACUGGCUGCCCAGCCCACCCACAAAAAUGCAGAGUGUCUUCCAGCCUUCUCCCCGUCAUCUUCCGUUACCUCUGGAGGUCACGACACCAGACCAGAUCCCCGUGGUCCUGCAGAGGCUGCCCUGGCCUCUUGUUGCACCCAUCUCCUCCCAGCCCGGCCCACGGCCCUGCCCCUGUUCACCCAGUGCUAUACUGAUGUCCUCAAGGCUGGGAUCCUCCACCAGCUGACUGACCAGAACAACUGGAGGGCCUUCACCUUCGUACUGAGUCGCUCCACGCUGCAGGCCUUUCCCACCGAGGGCCGGGGGCCCGUGUCUGAGCCCGUCCUCCAUUACCCGCUGGCCUCCUGCCUGGCCGUGCAGAGGGACGAGGCCGAGGGGGUGAGCUCUGGCUGCUUCCAAGGCGUCUUCCCCAGCGAGGUGCUCCGUCUGCGGACUGAGAGCCUACUCAAGGCCCAGGACUGGGUGGAGGCCCUGCAGAUGGCCGUGGCAGCCCAGAGGCCCCAGGGUGAGGAGGGACAGGGUUCCGGCCAGGCCCGGCCGAGGGCAGUGUCGACAGGGAUUCUGCUGAGGAGCAAGCCCUCUAGGGAGAGGAGGCAGAGGGACACCCAGAGGGCCAAGAGACAGUCAGUCACCACCAGCUUCCUCAGUAUCCUCACCUGCCUGGCUGUGGAGAAGGGCCUGACCACCCAGAGCUUCCGGUGUGCAGGGUGUCAGAAGCCAGUAGGGUUGUCGCGAGGCAAGGCCAAGGUGUGUUGCUACAGCGGCUGGUACUACUGCCAGAGCUGUCACCAAGGCAACCUGUUCCUCAUCCCUGCCCGCCUGCUGCACAACUGGGACACCAACAGACACAAGGUGUCCAAGCAGGCCAAGGUGUUCCUGGAGUUUGUUUAUGAGGAGCCCCUGCUGGAUGUGCAGCAGUUGAACCCGUGUCUGUAUGAACACUGUGAGGGCCUGGCUGCGGUCCUACGCCUGAGACAGCAGCUCCAGUCCCUCAGAGCAUACCUGUUCAGCUGCCGCGCCGUCGUGGCCGAGGACCUCCGGAGGAGGAUCUUCCCCAGAGAUUACCUACUGCAACAUAUCCACCUGUACUCACUGGCUGACCUGCAACAGGUGAUAGAUGGGACCCUGGCCCCCUUCCUCUCCAAGGUGAUUCAGUUUGCCAGUUCCCACGUCUACAGCUGCAGACAGUGCAGAGAGAAGGGCUUCAUCUGUGAGAUGUGUCAGAACGGACAGGUCAUCUACCCCUUCCAGGAGAGUGCUACUAAGAGGUGUGUGUUGCUGAUUCAGGCUGCAGGAAUGGGUCCCUUGCGCAGGAGGCUGCUGAGAGGAGAACAGCUCAUAAUAACGCCUGGAAACCAUGUGUUUUGAUGUAUUUGAUGCCAUAAUCCCUAUUUUUUUAUACCAAUGAUACCAUAAUCCAUUACAUGUAAACUAUUACAAAAAACAGUAACUGUAAUCCGUUAUGACCUCUAGGGUAAACACUCACGGAUUACAUGUAAUCCAUUACGUGUAAGGAAUUACAAAAAAAUGGUAACUGAUCCAUUAUGUUACCAGCAAAAAUAUUGUAAUCAGAUUACAGAUACUUUUGAAAAACUAGAUGAUUACUUCGAGGAUUACUUUUACAUUCAGGAAGGAUGUUUGUGAAUUGUUUUUUUUUUUUUUUACAUUUCUGUUUUUCCCAAUGACAUUCAAAUCGGCAUUGAAAAAAGUUUAAGUUUGAGUUUGUUUUGUUCCACCUGAGCGAGUUUGACCACAAGUCAGAGACCACUGUGAUGACACACCAAAUGUGUUUGAUGGAUCGUGGAAAAGAGCGCAAAUAGACUUUUGUAGGCUACAGUCCAAGCUAUGUCUUCCAAUGGUGAGAAUGCUGUCGGCAUCCACAGAUUAUCCAACUUGACUAAACGCUUGGAGGUGAGGAUGACAGCAGUGCUGUAGUCUACGGCGAUACGGAUAUCACUCACUAUUCAUAUCUACAUAGAUACUUAUUAUUGAUAUCUACAUAGCGCAUUGAUGUGAAUCACACUGCUGCUCUCUCAUUUAGCCAUUUGCGCCAUACGGAUUGUGGUUGUUGAGGAUGGCUGUUCACAAAUCUAAAAGUGGAUUUGAACCCAAUAAUGGUUGAUUUCAAGACGUUUAAGCUGCCUAUCAAUCAUUGUUUUUGAAACCAGUGGACAGCUAGUGAAAAAUGCGGUCUUGCUGCUGUGUGGAUCCAAGCCUAUGGAAUACAAGUGCGGCUUUUAUUUUGGCAUUAAUACAUGUCACAUAUCAGUUUGCAAACAAUGUAUAUAUAUAAUUGAGUUAAUAAAGCAGCAUACAAACA